GUUUCUUGUCAUUCACUCCAACGGUCUCACCUAAGACGCAGAUAUUACUCACUAGUCACAACGUCUAGUCAGUGACGUGCAGACGGUAGCUCGCAUCACCGAAUCACACGGAGCCGCGUGUGCCUUUCUGCUCACCUGCUCUACCCCUCACCACAGACAAUAGAGGACGGUCUCGAAAAUGGUCGGGGCCACAGCGGCGGCCGCUUACUCCACGGCGCCGACUGACUCGGACCCCCACCGCUACCAAACGGGGUUCGGAAAUCGGUUCGCAUCGGAGGCCGUGCCGGGAACGUUGCCCCUCGGUCAAAAUGCGCCCCAGAAAUGCAAAUUCGACUUGUAUUCAGAACAGCUCAACGGGUCCGCCUUUGUGAGCUCGAGGGCGACGCUUCAGCAUGUGUGGAUGUAUCGCAUCUGGCCGUCGGUCGCGCAUCGCGACGUCGUGCCUGCGCCGGAGCUGAAUCCGUGGCUGCAGGCUUGCUUUUCGCCGUUCAAUGAGCGAGUCAAGUAUGUUGCGGCACAACAGGCGUGGGAUCCGUUCCCGCUGCCUGGCGAAGAGGGCGAGGCAGAGUCAGGAAGUAUCGAUUUCGUGCAGGGAAUACGUACAAUUGGUGGCCAGGGAGAUCCGAUUUCGAAGGAGGGCAUCGCAAUACACGUCUACACCGCAUCCAGGUCCAUGACGAAUAGAGCCUUUUGCAAUAAUGAUGGGGACUUUAUGAUCCUCCCACAGCAAGGCAGGCUCAACAUACAGACCGAGCUAGGCUGGCUCAUGGUCCGGCCGGGGGAGUUGGCCGUCAUUCAAGCCGGUCUGCGCUUCCGCAUCUCCCUACCCGACGGCCCGUGCAGAGGCUAUAUCCAAGAAAUCUUUGGCAACCACUACGAGCUGCCGGAGUUGGGACCCCUUGGAUCGAAUGGAAUGGCGCUGCCUCAGGAUUUUCAGAGCCCCGUCGCCUCGUUCGACGUCGACUCAUCAGAGUGGGAGAUUGUCUACAAGAUGGCGGGCUCGCUGCACGCGUGCCGGCAAAAUCAUACGCCGUUUGACGUCGUCGCGUGGAGGGGUAACUUAGCACCCUACAAGUACGCGACGGAGAGAUUCAUCAAUGUUGCGAAUGUGAACCGUGACCAGGCUGAUCCGACGGUCUACUGCGUUCUUACGGCCAAGUCCAAGAUCCCGGGUGUCUCGCUGACGGACUUUUUGGUCUUUACGCCUAAAUGGAUCCCGACGUCGGACACCUUUAGGCCGCCGUAUUAUCACCGAAACAUGUCGACGGAGAUGAUGGGCUUGCUUUAUGGGACGUACGGUGGGAGUAGCCACGUUCUGGAGCCAGGUGGAUUGAGUUAUGAGGCGAGUUAUAUGCCUCACGGCGAGACGUAUGAGACGUGGUUAGAUGCAACGACCAGAGAGCUGAAGCCUGAUAGGAUAUGUGAGGGUACGGUGGCCUUCAUGUUUCAUAUUAGUGUUCCUGUUUUGCUUACUGAGUGGGCGAUUGAAGGGGGAGGGGCCAAGUCGUUGCAUCUGAGCUCUGGGGACCCUUGGGCUGGUGCGAAAGCGCACUUUUUGGAUCAUUUGGAUGAGAUUGAUGUGGAGUUGGGAAAGGCGGGAUUAUCAAGUCUCGGGAGGAAGAAGGCCGAUAGGGUUGUGAAUGAGGGCCGGCAUGCUUAUAGUAACGGUACAAACGGUCAUAGUAACGCAUAGAAUACUGCUUGGCGAUCGAAUAUCAUGAACAUAGAGCUCCCUGAAAGCUAUUUCAAAUGGUCAGAACAUAUGUCAAAGGCCACAAGUAAGG